UUUGCCGCAGAGGACAUGGAGACCUGACGGGACCUUGAACAUACGGUCCUGAGGCUGAACCCGCUGCUGUGUUCAAUCUGGGGGGGGCAGGAGGCAGAAAACAAGUGCACACUGGGAAUUUAACCACAGCGAGACGCUGGCCACGGUGGUAUGGGCAUGGAAAACACUGGAUUUUGGAUAUUCCUGAUAACAACUUGUGUUGUUCCAGGAAUAAAUGGCCAGACUGUGGAAAUGGAUGACGGGAAGUCGGGGUAUGUUGGCUCAAAGGUGGAUCUCCGCUGUCGGUUCAUUAACAGCUCCCCGCCCGUCAAAAUCUCCCAGGUAACAUGGCAGAAACUGGUGAACGGCACCAAGCAGAACGUGGCGAUCGCCAACCCCUCCCUGGGUGUGUCCGUGGCGCCGCCCUACAGGGACCGCGUCACCUUCAAGAACGCAGCAGUGAGGCGACGAACUCCGACCCUUGAAGACACCACCAUCACCUUCUCCUCGCUCCGCCUCUCUGACGAGUCCACCUACAUCUGUGAAUACACCACGUUCCCCGCAGGAAACCGGGAGAACACAGUGAACCUCACUGUCUACGUUCGCCCAACAACUCAGAUGAGUCUGUCCUCACCGACACUAGUGGCUCGUUCAUCCAAUCUGAAAACACCGGUGGCCACUUGCAUCUCUGCCAAUGGAAAACCACCUGGCACCAUCAGGUGGGAGACAAAGGUGCCGGGAGAAGUGACCACUCGAGAGUACAGAAACUCAGACGGGACUUUCACUGUUCAGAGUGACUACGUUUUGGUGCCCAGCAAAGAAACGCAUAGGGAAACGCUCACCUGUGUCACCAGCUACAACGAGGAGGUCUUCACUGACAGUGUCACCCUCGAUAUUCAGUAUGAGCCAGAUGUUUCAGUGGACGGGUUUGAUGGAAACUGGUAUGUGAACAGAGAGAACGUCCAGCUGAGCUGCCAAGCUGAUGCCAACCCAGCCGUCUCUCUGUAUCAGUGGAGACUAAUUAAUGGCUCCAUACCAAGCAAUGCUGAGAUCCGAGACAAUGUCCUUACCUUUAAAGGACCAGUCACAUACGACCUGCAAGGUACCUAUGUGUGUGAUGCAACCAACAGCAUUGGGACACGGUCAGGCUCUGUGGAGGUCAGCAUUAUAGAAAAGCCACUACCGCAGAUUGCAACAGGUGAUGUCAUCAGUGUAAUCGCCUUAUUACUGGCUGCUGGAGUGCUCAUGGGCAUUACUAUCACAGUCCUGGUGCUCAAAAUAAGAAGUAGAAAAGACAACUCCUCAAAUGAUUCCCCGUCCAGAAAACUGUCCCAGCCAAUAAGGAAAAGACCAGGAGAUGAGAUCCAGCAUUCAGGACGGUUUUAUGAAGAGCUUCCAAACACAGCGGACUAUGUGAGCUACAGACUGGCCUGUAACAAGGAGGACUACCCAGAGCCCUACUCCCCUCCCAUCAACCCUCCUCUCUCGUUCCUGCCCCAGCACCCCUACCACUCCUCACAACCAACCACUGCAACCAGCAGCAGCAGCACCACCACGUCAAAAAACACCUUCUCUCCCCCUUCACACACCACGGCCAUCUUUAAGUACCCCUCAGUACCGGGCCUGUCUUCUCCUCCUCCAGGAGUGGCGGCAUACACUUUUCCCAAAGAGCAGUAUGUCUGAACCGACAUCUUGUUACAAACUCAGACCUCUCCAGUGAGCUCAGAUUAAACAACCCGAUUCAAACCCGAACCUUUCCCAAGAGGAGGUUGGAAAAAUAUGUUGAACUCUGGACCAUCAGAAGGUGUCUCUGCACUGUCUGCACCAUUGUGGAUGGCUCGGGAGGUCAAAGGACAAUGCAGCUUUUGUUGUUGCACCUGGAAUUCAGUCCAAUUUUCUCUCUUUGGUCUUAUCUUUUACUGUGGUAUUUAUUCUUUGAAAAGGGAAGACUGCUGAACCAUGUUUCAAAUGUCUGCGAGCAAGUUCAAGUUUUAGGUUACAGGCAGGUCGAGUUAAAGAUGAUUUGACUUUAAUUGGAAUAAGUAUAUAUUGCAUGGAUGUAUUACAUUUGAUGGGAAAAUACUUCAAACAGAAUGGAUGAAAUUAUCUACUGAUGUUCCAUGUGGUUGACCCCUUACUUUAACCUCCAUGGUAUCAUUUUGUAAUAAAAAAACAAAGAAAACAAAAAAAAUACUAUACUUUCCUACUCUCGAUUUAUCCUGUGUUGUACACACUGACCAUCCCUUUACUGAGGAGCAGCAGGCCUCACCUUUCGGUUUUACCCUCUGUCCUGAUGUAAUACUUUCACUGUGUUUGUAUUUUGUAUCAUUCAUGUUUUUCUGCUUUCUGAAAAAAAAACAUUUUUAUUUACU